GGAUGACGUUGGUGGGGUGCUUUUAGAGUGGGCUCUCACUAUCAUAUCUGCACAUCUGGGACGGUGUCAUGGGUAUGUGGCAUAGAGAAGAGACCAAACCACAGUACCCAGGGCAAUUCUGAGCCUUGUAGUUCCCCUCCUAGGUCACUUCUGCUUUCGGUGGCAAAGGGAGGGAAGGAACACUGCCCCAGGUUCUCUGGGCCUUCCCCAGUGUGUGUCCCUACAGCUGCUCUGGCCUCAGCUGCCAGCUCAGGUCCUCCGGCUUUGCAGAGUCCCCUGGCCGGGUGCCCUAAAGAGGCAGGUCCUGGUACAAGAACCUCCCAGGCCUUAUCCUCUUACCUGGGGUCAUUACCAGAGCCUGUUCCAAAUUUUGUGUUGGCUGCAGCAGCCAUUGGGCUUCAUGUAGAGCACUGUGGACACUUGGGGUGCUGGAGGGGCUUCCUGUGCUGGAACUUAAGUAGUAACCCUGGUCUCCACCCAACAGCAGUAGCAUGUCCCUUGUGUACUUGUGAGGAUGCUACAUCUUCCCCUGAUGGUGGUCCUCUAUGCUGGAUGAAGGCCUCCAGGUGUGAGCCCAAGGGUGGCUUUGGUCAGGGUGAGAGGGGAGCUCCCUGGGCAUGGAGAGACCAGCUGAAGAAGGUCUGGCUGCCCGUGUCUCCAGUUUCUUAUUUCCGGUCUGUCCUCAGGCCUUUGACAUGGCUGGCAUCCGGAUGACAUAGAAAUGGAGUCGGGAGCAUGGUCAGAUCACUCCACAGAAAGAGGGAUGCUGAAGGCUUUCUUCCACGCACUUACCUCCAGGAAGCUUGGGAUUGGGUGGACAGGAGUGGGCCGACACACUCUGCUGUGUACUUCUGCAUUUCAAUACGGGCUGCAGGCUGACUCACCGGAAAGACCCUUGGAGCUGGCAGUACCAAUGUCUGGGGGUGACCUCUCUUGCUAGGGUUUUUCCUGCCUCAAGAGACCUUUAGGGUAAACAGAGAAGGUUCCUGGAACCUGCUGGGAAUAGGUCUGGGCGCUGAGGGUACCCACUGAGGGCUUGUGGUGCUAAAGCAGAGACCCUGGAGAGAUGGGCUGUGGUAGAGAGGGCACUGGUCUUUCCUGGGGCUGGGGGAAGAAGAUGUGUCUUGUUUGGCCUGGCACACAGUAGGUGGUCAGUGUUCAGGUCUCUGUGGGCUGGUCAUUAAAAGCUAUUCUGUCUCCUUCCUCCCUGAGUCCCGGGAGCUGGUCCUGCAACGUGCCCGAUGGCUCCAAACAGCUCUGGGUCUCAGGCUGGGGUGUCAGGGGGGCCUCAGGCUGGGGUGUCAGGGGGGCCUCAGGCUGGGGUGUCAGAGGGUCACUUUGCCUCUACUCCCUCUGUCAGAGAGCAUCAUCAAGGGUGGCUGGUGAGUUGGGAGAUGGAAUUAGGGACAGAAAAGAUGUGCGGGGGUCGGGGGCUGGAAGGGAAGUGGAGUCAGAUGAAGGACCACAAGGUCAGGGCUCUAGUCCUGAAGGAGACUUUGGUUUCUCAGACCCUCCCUGUGGCCUCCAGUCCCCGCAAAGGGUUCGUAUGUAACAGAUGAGACGCUGAGAUCCAGAGCUAUGGGCCCUUGGGACAUAACUCUCUGUUACUUCCAGUCCUCAGAGCCGGGCUGACUUCAUCACAGAGAAAAGGAGAAAGUCAAGAGCAGGGCCCAGGAGAAGCAUGACCAAGGAUGGGGUUUCCUCAGGCAAGGGGGCCAGUAGAUGUCUGAGGUCAAGUGUGGUAGGAAUGCAGGGGGAGGAAGAACAGGUACCACUCAGGGCGGGAGUCAUGUCCACCCUGUUCUAGCUAGGGACCCAGCUCUAACCCAGCCUCCAGGGUUGCUCUUAGGCAGUGCUGCUGUCUUAGCAGGUCUGGGAGUAGGUUCUGGAACCUGUGCUGGGCCAGCAUGGAAUCUUCUGGGGUUACUUCCAGAGGUAGAGAGGGAAUGUUCCAGAUUCCCACACUAAGGAGGGUAGCUCCCAAGAUAUCUCAAGAAGGUUCCUGCACCCGCCCCAGCUGCCCUAAGUCUCUCUGAGUGCCCUGGGCUCUCCAGCCUGCCUUUGCAUUUAGUAACUCCAUGCCCUUGGAUGCUUCCCCUGGUCCCUAUCCACGGAUCCCCUCAACCUCUCUGCUCUGGGUGAUUCUGGUCUCAGUUCUCUUCUCCCUCCCAGGCCCCCUCACACUGGGGUUGGUUUCUGAGAGUCUUGGAAGCACUGGGGAGAAAACUCCCAUGGGUUAGGUGUAGCUGGCAGAAGUUCUAGGGUUAGAGCAGCCUGGGCCCAGCUGGGAACAUUGUUGAAAGCAGUGACUUGUGAUUCAUACUUGGAGAACACCCCUGUCAAAGAAACCAGGGCAUCGAGAAUUGGCAAGCCCUCGGGUUAACACGUCUCAAAAGCCCCUUCCUUCCGUUUCCUCUUCUGUUUUGGGCGUAUCCCUUCAAUAUUUCCUUUGCUAGGACUUGAGGCCUCUUGCUCUCUGGUGUAUGAUAGGCCAACUCCAUAGAAACCUCUAUUUCCUGUCUCCCUUGGCCUUAGUAAGACCCAAAUGUGGGAAAGGGGAGGACAGAACUCUCCUCUGAGGGAUCUGCCGUGGGAUCAGGUAUCCUGUUAACACACAACAAAUCCAACAGACAGCUAGGUGUCUAGACAUAGGUGAACAUUUUGACAACCCUAAGGGGACGGACCAGGCGGUCAAUCACCAGCACAGAGGCAGCGUGUCAAAGGUGGGGCAACUUUAGUGUCAUGGAGAGUAAUGACUGUUGGGGCUGGAGUGACAGUUCAGCAGUUAAUAGCACUGGCUGCUCUUACAGAGGACAGGGGUUCAAUUCCCAGCACCCUCAUGGUGGCUCACAGCAUUUUGAACUCCAGUUCCAUGAGGUUCAGUGCCUUCCUCUGGCCUCUGUGAGUACCAGGACAGACAUACCUAAAAGCAAAUACCCACGCACAGUAAAAAAAAAAAAAGACAGAAAAAGAAAAAAAAAAGAAAAAGAAUAAUGACUGUUUGACAAGAACAUGACAAGGCUGUACAAAUCCAUAAAUCUUGCAGUCCUAUUUAGAGGCUAUCCUGAUAAUCUUAUGUCAGCUUGAAAGGAAGGAACCUCGAUUGAGAAAAUGCCUCCAUAAGAACCAGCUGUAAGGCAUUUUCUCAGUGGUCAUUGAGGGGGGGGGCAGCUCGUGAUGGGUGGUGCCGUUUCUUGGCUGGCUGUCCUGGGCUGUAUAAGAAAGCAGGCUGAGCAAGCCACAGGGAGCAAGCCAGUAAGCAGCACCCUCCAUGGCCUCUGCAUCAGCUCCUGUCUCCAGGUUUCCAGCCUUGAUUGAGUUCCCACCCUGAUUUUUUGUUAUGCUGUUUCAUUGUAGCAAUAGAAACCCUGACUGAGAUAGAGGUCUCAGGGGGAGAAGCGGGCCAUGCGCCCAUCUACAGACAACAGAUAAGCAGCAUUCAUUCAUCUUACAGGGCAACACUUUCCAGCCAUUAGGAAGAAGCAUUCGGACACCUGCUGUAGCCGGGUGACUCCAGAGGACACUGUGCUGAACAAUGUGAGCACACGAGACAGUGUCUGAUACCGCUGGUGCUGAGGUCCUUAGAUCGGUCACCUCCAUGGAGUCAGCAGGUUGGACGGGGUAGGGUGGUACUACUGAGUGCAGACUUAGUUGUACAAGGAGAUGACGGUGGAUCCUAGAAAGCGCUCUUCUCUAAAGAGUGGUCGAACGGCCAUCUUACAAUGAGCUACAACCACGUGAAAGUUAAAUGCUGAGGACCUGUCUGGUUUGCCGUGUUGAGGCCUCCGGGACAGGCGGGCAAGUGUAAAGCUCAGCACUGCCCACAAGAAGAACUGAGAAACUUGAGAAGGUUGCUAGCGCCCACCUAUAGAAUCGGAAGAGACAGUUGCUGUCCCUUGCGGUGAACGGAAGGUAGAGCUCCAGGAAGGCUGAUCAGGUUUCAGGAGGCCAUAUCCACUUGUGCCAGAGCCCUUUGUCCUCCAGAGGUCAGGCAUGGGUGACAUCGUGGUCAGGAGGGGUCAACUGUUGGGGCUGGUGGCAUCAUGCUCAGAGCCACUCAGAGUAAGGGAGGACCUUACUGUGCACUAAAUUUCUUCAAGGUCACAGCCCAAAAACAGCUGCUUUCAGAAAGUUAAGACGGAAGCUCGCACACCAGCUGCCUGCCCCACACCCCUGAGGGCCAGCUUUCUAGGGACUGCACUGCCACCCACACAAAUAUGUAAAUGUCCUUUAGGGGUAGAGUGAGAAAAAGGCCUCCAGCCUCACAGCCUUGAAGCCUGGCAUGACAAAGUAAAGGACUCCCGUCGUUGGACUUGUGCUGGGAUCUGGGUUCUUCCAAGCUUCUCCGUGAAGCUCUGCUUCGCCAGCUAGCCCUUCCGAAGGUGUAUUCCAAGGCCAGUGCUGCCUUCAGUCCUGGAGACACUGGGAGCUGUCAGGGAUGGGGUCAACAACCUAGAGCCAGCCUUUGGGCUGAGUGUGGUUAAGCUGGCGAUGGGAAACAGCGGUAGCCGCCUGGCGUUUUCCAGAGGAAACGCUACAUUUGGAUGUAAGGUGUAUAACCCUGGGGCCACUAGAAGCUGCUGUGCCCAUCAACCCCAGCAGUCCUCAGUGUAGAGAGCUGUCCCAGGAAUGCCACCUACUCACUCUCUAGGUUCAGACUCUCAUGAGGAAAACCACUUGUAGAGCUCCUGAGUGAAGGCUUUCUUCUGAGAUAAAGGAUGGUUUCUCAGACAAAGGUGGGGUGGAGGUGUACCCCUGCCGGGCUCUGUCCCCAGAAAUGGAUCGACUGGGACGGUCGGGUUCGUGGUAGAGUACACGCAGGGCACCAGGUGGCUGUGCCAACAAGGACCAAGCUGAUCAGUGGUUCCAUUCGGCGUCAGGUCUGGGAUGCCCCGCCUGACUGGAGAGCAGGUGGAGGGACUAGUCUGUGUGGAGCUGCCUCGCAGAGCUCUUUGAGUCCCCAUCUCUCAGUUCUCAGUUCCUGAGCGGAGCCAUCUUCAGAACAAGGUCAAACAGGUCCGGAGCUGUUUUUCUGUCACCCCAACCCAUCGACAUCAUAGUGAUGUAAGCCUCACGCUAGUCCGUUGUGGUUAGGGGAGUUUCGGAGUGAGCAUGCUCGGACCCCCCAUUACUUCCUGAAACCUCUCAGCUGGGCCUGCAGAGGGGUGCUCAGCGCUGCCUCAGGACAGGACUGCUCUGUGCUGCCUCGGGCUGGCUUGGGAAAUGCCACGGCGGUCACCUCUACUCUUCAGACUACCUCGGUCCCCACGAGCUGCCACACGUUGUCCUACGAGGAGAGCAGAGUGGUCCUGGUGGCGGUGUACAGCGUGGUGUGCAUGCUGGGCCUACCGGCCAACUGCCUAACUGCCUGGCUGACACUGUUGCAAGUCCUACAGAGAAACGUGCUCGCCGUCUACCUGUUCUGUCUGUCCCUCUGUGAGCUGCUGUACAUCAGCACCAUGCCUCUGUGGAUCAUUUACAUCCAGAAUCAGCACAAAUGGAGCCUGGGUCAGCAGGCCUGCAAAGUGACAGCUUACAUCUUCUUCUGCAACAUCUACACCAGCAUCCUCUUGCUCUGCUGCAUUUCCUGCGACCGCUACAUGGCCGUGGUCUACGCACUGGAGAGCCGAGGUCACCGGCACCAGAGGACUGCUGUCACCAUUUCGGCAUGUGUGGUUAUUCUUGUUGGGCUUGUCAACUAUCCAGUGUUUGACAUGAAAGUGGAGGACAGCUUCUGCUUUGAGCCCCUGGGGAUCGACAGUAGGAUAGCCGGCUACUACUACCUGCGGUUCACUUUUGGCUUUGCCGUCCCUCUCGGCGUCCUUGCCUUCACCAAUCACCAGAUCUUCCGGAGCAUCAAGCUCAGUGAUAGCCUGAGCGCUGCGCAGAAAAACAAGGUGAAGCGCUCCGCCAUUGCAGUCGUCACCAUCUUCCUGGUCUGCUUUGCUCCCUACCACGUGGUGCUCCUCAUCAAAGCCGCCAGCUUUUCCUUCUACGAAGGAGACCGGGAUGCGGUGUGUGACUUCGAAAACAGGCUGUACACGGUCUCUACAGUGUUCCUGUGCCUGUCGACGGUCAACAGUGUGGCUGACCCCAUCAUCUACGUGCUGGCUACAGACCAUUCUCGGCAAGAAGUGUGCAGGAUCCACACGGGGUGGAAGAAGUGGUCCACGAAGACAGAUGUCACCUACUUGAAGGACUCUGAGGAGACGCACUCACCCACAGCGCUUAUGAACGCAUACACCUUCCCCAGUACUGUGCACCUUCCAGGCUCACAGCCAGUGGAGCUAGGGUCACUGGGCUCUGCCGGAGAGACUGCCUGACGACCUCUGCUAAGCUCACUCUACACCAACACCGGUCACAUCUACCUGGUCCUCUGAGUCACCAUCUGGGGUGUCCACAACACUUCAGAUGCCUUUUCGGAGCACACACUGCUGAUCUCUCCUUCUUAGGCCACCAACUCUGAAAGUAUCUGUUCCUUAGGUGUCCAGGACCUUUGGGCUCUCCUCUAUGGAAAGCGGUGGGUGCUAAGGACACCAGUCAUAACCCUAGGCUUCCAGGGCCUCGGGGAGCGUGUGGCUGGCAGGACAGCUCUUUAUCAGCAGGGUGCUCUGCAGGGCUCCCAAGAGCUAUCAGCAGGGCACUUGACAGAGCACUUUAUGUUCUACGAUUUCCUACAUUGUCCAGUGGCUAACACUGGACAUCCUGGGCUUUCCAUAGAGAUGGACAUGAACCCAUUCGUGGUUACCACCACAGCGUUACAGCCAUAGGGGAUAGGAGUCCAACCCUUAGGGGACUGGUUCUGAGUAGACAGAAUUAGCUUCUAGGGGAGCCAUGGAGCAUGGUAACCAGUUGCUCCAGCUCCUAAUGGUCUCAUACAUCCUCCCCAGGGACCCCCUCAACCGUUUACAUUAGGAAGUGCUAGUGGACACCCCAGGAAGAGGUUGGUAUAGCUGCUACCAGAGAAGGGGAUAUCUGACAUCUGUCUUUCUUUGCCUUGUAACCUCUGGCCUUGACAGCACAGAGGAGGUAGGCUGCGGCUCCUGAAAGAGCAGGUCAAGAGCAAGCCCCACUCUGCCCCAUUUUCUCCAGUGUUGGCUCCGUGUCAAAUCCCAGCUCUGCUCUUGCUGAGUCACUCCAGUACUUUCCUUAGCUACCUCACUGGGUCACUCACUGUUGGGACUGGCUGACACUGAGCCACCGCCCCCUCACUCCAGAGACUCCCGAUACACUUGGAGUGCAAGGGCCAAGGAUCCCUGAGCAUGGCGGGCCUCAGAGAUGAUCCUCCUGAAGCACACACAUCACAAAUGCUGAUCAGAGACUGGGACCUCAGGGCUUAACUUCAGUUCUUCAGUGCUGAGAAUAAGAACACAGGGAUAGAAGUCGACUUCCUUUCCUUGCUGUUGCUUAUAUCUUAUUUGUUUGAUAAAUGGUUUCUGGCACCUCAAACUGAUCUGAAACUCACUGAGCAAUGGAGGGUGACUUCUUGUCUCCUGACCCUGGUGUCUCCCUCCAAUCCGAGGAUGGGAUUACAAGCUUGUGCCACCA